UUCCUCUCUCUCUCUCUCUCUCUCUCUCCUUAGCUUCGUUUCUCUUCUCUUUCUCUUUCUCUUUCCACAGUGCCUUUUUCCUUUUUUCUCUUCAUUCUCUCUCUUCUGUGUCAACCCAAAUUCUAGUCCUUUGCAACUGCAACCGCAACCAAACUAAACAAACCUUCGAGCUCAAACUCUUCCAUUCCCUUAGUACCAUUCAAUCUCAUCAUGUCUCAAACUAACUGGGAGGCUGAUAAGAUGUUAGAUGUUUACAUCCAUGAUUACCUUGUGAAGAGGGACUUGAAGGCUUCAGCUCAGGCUUUUCAAGCUGAAGGGAAAGUAUCCUCGGACCCAGUUGCUAUCGAUGCUCCCGGAGGAUUUCUAUUCGAGUGGUGGUCGGUUUUCUGGGACAUAUUUAUUGCCAGGACUAAUGAGAAGCACUCAGAGGUUGCCGCCUCGUAUAUUGAGACACAAUUAAUUAAGGCUAGGGAGCAACAGCAGCAGCAACAGCAGCCGCAGCCACAACCCCAGCAGUCACAACAUCAACAUCAACAGCAGCAGCAGCAGCAACAACAACAACAACAACAGCAGCAGCAGCCGCAGCAACAGCAGCAACAACAGCAGCCACAGCCGCAGCAACAGCAGCAACCACCCCAACAACAACAGGGUAGGGAUAGGGCUCAUCUCUUGAAUGGUGGUACCAAUGGGCUAGUUGGAAACCCUGGCACUGCUAAUGCAAUGGCAACAAAGAUGAUCGAGGACAGGUUAAAACUGCCCCUUCAGAGGGAUUCUUUGGAUGAAGCAGCAAUGAAGCAAAGAUUCGGAGACCAACUCAUGGACCCAAAUCAUGCCUCAAUAUUGAAGUCAUCUGCAGCUCCUGGCCAGCCUUCAGGGCAAGUUUUGCAUGGUGCUGCUGGUGCGAUGUCUCCACAAGUUCAAGGUCGUAGUCAGCAAUUACCAGGGUCUACUCCGGACAUUAAGAGUGAGAUUAAUCCUGUUUUAAAUCCCAGAGCUGCGGGGCCUGAAGGAUCACUAAUAGGAAUGCCUGGAUCAAAUCAAGGCAGCAACAAUUUGACUUUGAAGGGGUGGCCACUCACAGGGUUGGAGCAAUUACGGUCUGGUCUACUUCAGCAGCAAAAACCUUUCAUGCAAGCCCCACAGCCUUUUCAUCAGCUUCCAAUGUUGACACCCCAGCAUCAGCAACAUCUUAUGUUACAAGCACAACAAAAUCUGGCAUCACCAUCUGCUAGUGAUGAUAGUAGAAGACUCAGAAUGCUGAUGAAUAAUAGGAACAUGGGGUUAAGUAAGGAUGGUCUUUCAAAUCCGGUGGGGGAUGUACCAAAUGUUGGAUCACCACUUCCAGGUGGUGGUCCCCCGUUUCCUCGUGGAGAUACAGAUAUGUUAAUGAAGUUGAGACUGGCUCAGUUACAUCAGCAGCAUCAAAAUGCCAAUCCACAGCAGCAGCAGCAGCUUCAACAGCAUGCUCUUUCAAAUCAGCAAUCCCAGAGUUCAAAUCAUAGCAUGCAUCAACAAGACAGAGUAGCAGGAGCUGGCAGUGUCACUGCGGAUGGAAGCAUGUCAAACUCCUUUAGAGGAAAUGAUCAGGUUUCAAAAAACCAGACUGGGAGAAAGAGAAAGCAGCCUGUAUCUUCUUCUGGACCUGCCAAUAGCUCAGGAACAGCAAAUACAGCAGGCCCAUCUCCAAGUUCAGCGCCAUCAACUCCCUCCACUCAUACACCUGGUGAUGUGAUGUCAAUGCCUGCAUUACCUCAUAGUAGUAGUUCAACAAAGCCUCUAAUGAUGUUUGGUACCGAUGGCACCGGAACUCUUACAUCACCCUCAAACCAGUUGUGGGAUGAUAAGGAUCUUGAAUUGCAGGCUGACGUGGAUCGUUUUGUGGAGGAUGGAUCUCUUGAUGACAAUGUUGAGUCUUUUUUAUCCCAUGAUGAUACAGAUGCUAGAGAUGCAGUUGGUCGUUGUAUGGAUGUAAGCAAAGGUUUCACAUUUUCUGAAGUAAACUCAGUACGGGCAAGCACAAGCAAGGUCGUCUGUUGCCAUUUCUCAUCUGAUGGGAAAUUGCUUGCAAGUGGUGGACAUGACAAGAAGGCUGUUUUAUGGUACACAGAUUCUCUGAAGCAGAAAACUACCCUUGAAGAGCAUUCAUCGUUAAUCACUGAUGUCCGGUUUAGCCCAAGCAUGCCUCGCCUUGCAACAUCUUCGUUUGACAAAACUGUCAGAGUUUGGGAUGUUGACAAUCCGGGGUAUUCUCUUCGCACCUUUACUGGACAUUCAACAUCAGUUAUGUCUCUAGAUUUUCACCCGAAUAAGGAUGACCUUAUCUGCUCUUGUGAUGGUGACGGUGAGAUACGAUAUUGGAGCAUAAACAAUGGCAGUUGUGCUAGAGUUGCAAAGGGUGGGACUGUGCAGAUGAGAUUUCAACCUCGACUCGGGAGGUACCUUGCUGCGGCUGCAGAGAAUGUCGUAUCUAUACUUGAUGUGGAGACACAAGCAUGCCCAUAUUCGUUAAAGGGACACACAAAGCCGAUACAUUCCGUGUGUUGGGACCCAUCUGGGGAGUUCCUUGCAUCUGUCAGUGAGGACUCUGUAAGGGUUUGGACUCUUGGAACAGGAACUGAGGGCGAAUGUGUUCACGAGCUUAGCUGUAACGGCAACAAGUUCCACUCGUGUGUUUUCCACCCAACGUAUUCUUCGCUGCUCGUCAUUGGUUGUUAUCAGUCGUUGGAGCUGUGGAACAUGUCAGAGAACAAGACAAUGACUCUGUCUGCUCAUGAAGGUCUGGUCGCCGCGUUGGCAGUUUCAACUGUAAAUGGUUUGGUUGCUUCAGCGAGUCAUGACAAGUAUGUCAAGCUCUGGAAAUAAAAGAGAAUCUGAAUGUGUUGGAUCAAUGUUGAUAGUAACAUGCUUGUAGUUUAUUUCGCUUCUUUCUUUUUUCUUUUUUCCUUUUUAUAUUUUUUGGCUGCUGCUUUUGGUGUAAUAUCUAAUUUUAUUUUACACGUAAUGUAAUGUUAGCUAGAGACUUUGUAACGUUUGGUUGGUGUUUUAAACUUAUGGCCUUGUAUAAUUUCGAUUGGAUCUUAUUGUUGCAUCAUUUUUUCCGAUUAGUAGUGUAACUUGAAUUUGCAGCAAACAACUAUGAUUAUGUAAAGUGGAAAUUCAAACAAUUAAGGACCAAUUAUUUUAU